AUGGGAAGAUCUUCUAUGGGAAUUAGUCCUUUCUCAUCAGACAAUCCGAACUGUACUUUUUGGUAUAAUGCUUUCUUUGCUAAUAAUGGAACAAAUUUCACUCUUAAUAACUCUUAUAUUUUUACUUUUACUAAUACUGCCGGAGGUUCUAUAGGAAUUAAACCUACAGAUAGCGCUGAUCAAUUAGGAAUAAAAUACUAGUUUACAUAUACUGGAUAUCUUACUCCUACAAAUUAUAAGAGUAUUACUGUGUAAUUGACAUUUGGAAGUUGGUGCUAUCGUUCAAGUAUAAUAAUAAGACCAAAUCCAGUACUCAAAUAAACCUUCGAUAUUGAGGGACCUCCUAAUUAAAUUAUUUAUUAGAAUAUUUCUUGGACUUAAGCAAAUACAACUUGUUAAAAUGUCUCUUAUUAAUUGACUGUAAAAAAUACUACUAAUCCGCUUUUAAAUACUACAAUUAGUAAUAUGAUUCUUUUUAGUGCUGAUAAUUCUUAUUUAUACAUUCCUGUAUACAAAUUGAAUAUGAUUGGUAUAUACGAAGUCAAAAUUUAAGACUUAUUAAGUGGCAGAUAAACCAGCGUAGUAUUUGAUAAAUCCUUGGAAUUUGACUAUCCCCCACUGUGCAAAUUUAACUUAUUAUCUAAAAUAUAUUGGUACUUGAAGGUAGGUACGAAAUUCACCUACUAAAUACCUGAUGCAAUUGACCCAGAUGAUGAUUCCUAUAAAAUUAAAGUAUCUCUGGGUUAAACUUCAUUAUUUUCCACUUCAUCUUCAAGUGAAAUUACUAUUCAACCUAAAACAUUAAAUAUUGGUUCGUACACUGUAGGUAUAGAAUUAAUGGAUCUAAAUUCAAUUCCUAAAUCUAAGAAAUAUUCUUUAACGAUAGAAGUUUAUGAUGAAAUUUAAAUAUAAGAAUCUGAUAUGCUUUCCAGUGAUUCUAAUAAGCAUUAGUCAAAUGACUCAGGUAAUUCAACUGUAGAAGAAUAGCAGUAAUUAAGCAAUGAUCUAGAGUAACUAGAAAAUGAAAUUAAUUAAUCUUCUGAAUUAACAAGUAGCAGCAGUAAUAGCACAUUUUCACAGCAAAGAGCAUACGAAACUAUCAUUAAUUUUUACAAACUUUUAAAAAAGAAAAAGAUGAGCGGUUCAGUUUUUCCUUCAUUAGAAAAGGUUUCAUCAAGUGGCGAGGUUACCGCUAUGAAAUUAAUGGAAGGUACGACUAAAUAGGCUAGCUCAGUUCUAAUGGGAUCAUUAGGAUUCAAUGUAAUUCUCUAGAUAGUCCUUGGAUUUUCAAUGAAGAAACUUUGGAUGCUUAUCAAUACUUUACAAAUUUUGGUACACAUUCCCAUGCUUUAAAUCCCAAUGCCUGCUAAUGCAAUUUUAUGUUUUUAAGCCUUAAUUGACAUUUCUAAUCUAUAAGUAAUACCUAAAGAGCAAAUUAAAUCUUAUGCAGGGUCUAUUUAUGAUACUAGUACUGAUAAAGUUGAUGAACGAUAUAGCUUUUUCCUCAUAGUAGGUGUUGUUCUCUUGAUUAAACUAAUAUCUAAGAAGAUGCCUGCAUGCCGUAAAGCCUAUGAGUUUUUGAAGUCAAGAUUAUUUUUUUCAGCUCUGCUCAGACCAAUUUUAAAAGGUUAUUUAAAAUUUUGUAUUGCCUCUUUUAUUGCUAUUAAAAGUUUUAUGAGUGGAUCACAAGAUAUAUUAGAAUCAAUAAUUUCAGCUAUAAUGGCUAUUGCUCUAAUUCUCUGCCCUUUUGUAUUUGUGAGAUUUUUGAAAGUUUAUAAAAGGUAAUUGAACAGUGAGAAUUUUAAACAAAAAUUCGGUACUCUGUAUAUGAAUCUCGAUACGAAGUCGUUCAUAUCAUUACUUAAUCUAUUGAGCUAUUUACUGAGAAGACUUAUUAUGGCAAUCUCGAUUGUAUAUUUGAAUGAUUACCCAGGAUUUUAAGCUAUGACUCAAGUAUUGAUAAGUCAAGGAGUACUAAUAUAUUUUGUAUAUGCAAAGCCAUUCACUGAGUUACAGUAAAAUAUAUUUGAAUUCUACAAUGAAAUUUCGCUUUUGGUUAUUGGUUAUUUUCUUUUGCCUUUGUCAACUCUUGAAUUAACUCCUUAAUUUAGAGAAAAUACAGGGUGGGCUAUAAUAGCUAUUUGUAUGACUAAUUUAACAGUGAAUUAUAUGUCCCUUGUAUUUUCAAUUUUCACUGCAGUGUAUGGAAUGAUUAAGAAAUUUAAGAGUAAGUGUAAAAAUUAACAGAGAAUAGCUGAAUUAACAGAUACUGAUGAUAAUCGAAGUUAGCUUUAUGAAUCCUCAAAAAUCGAUCUUUUGGAUAUAGACAGAACAUUUGAAGGUACAUCUGAGUAAGAGAAUACGGCAAUUGCCAAAAUAAACAUGAAAAGUAUGCAUAAGAAAAAUAAGAGCUUUGAUUAAAAAAUUAAAGCCAAAAAGAAAAAGCCUAAAACUUAACCGGCCUAAUCACAAAUUUAUUAGAUUUCAAAGUAGGAUAACAAAAAUAAAGAAAAUAAAUAAAACAAAUCGAAAAGUGUAAGAACUAAAUACGAAAAAGAUAAAAAGCUACAGACUAAAUAAAAAUAUACAUUUAAUGGUAAAGGCUAAACAUCUAAAAUGAACUAAUGGGACAUUUUUGAUAAUGAUAAAUAUGGUCUUAGAAAAUUAUCUCCUAAUGAUAAUUGA